CCGGCUAGCGCGGUGCCACCGCCGCCUGCAGCGCUCGGCAUGGCCCGCGGUCCCCGUCUGCUGCUGCGGCUCGUGCUGUGCCUGGGGCUCGGCGCGCUCGCGUCUUCCUCGGGGUCGGCGGGCGUCCGCAAGCGAGGCCCCUCGGUGACGGCCAAGGUCUUCUUUGAUGUGAAGAUAGGAGACAAUGAAGUGGGCAGAAUUGUGAUUGGCCUCUUCGGAAAAGUUGUGCCCAAGACUGUGGAAAAUUUUAUCGCUCUGGCAACGGGAGAGAAAGGAUAUGGCUAUAAAGGAAGCACCUUCCACCGCGUCAUCAAGGACUUCAUGAUCCAAGGAGGGGACUUCACCGCUGGAGACGGCACAGGCGGUGUGAGCAUUUAUGGCGAGACGUUUCCUGACGAGAACUUCCGACUGCAGCAUUAUGGCAUUGGGUGGGUGAGCAUGGCCAACGCCGGGCCUGACACCAACGGCUCCCAGUUCUUCAUCACCUUGACCAAACCCACCUGGCUCGACGGGAAGCACGUUGUGUUUGGAAAAGUCCUCGAUGGGAUGUCAGUGGUCCACUCCAUAGAGCUCCAAGCAACCGACGGCCACGACCGCCCGCUCACGGACUGCGUGAUCAUCAACAGUGGCAAGAUAGAUGUGAAGAGCCCCUUUGUGGUUGAGGUUGAUGGCUGGUGACAGCGAGGACAGAGCGCGGGUCACGCACCCCGGCUGCGCGCGUACACACGUGUGAGCCGGCUGUCAUCGGCUGUCUUUUCACCAAAGGUUUUGCCUUUUUUUUUUUUCCUAAUAGCUUUUAAUUUCCUAGUACACUCCCAGGAAAGAUUUAAAAAUCAACCAUCUCAACUGGGCAUGAUGGCAUAAUACCCCUCUAAACCUAGGACUUGGAAGGUAAAGACAGGAGGAUCAGGAGUUCCUGGCCAGCCUCGUCUACAUAGCAAAUUUGAGGCCAACCUGGGCUACAUGAGACUGUAUUUCAAAGACCACCACCAACAACAAAAUCAACCGCUGCAGCUUUAGCGUGCACUAAUUUUGAUAAAUCACCUGUUUGGACACUUUAAAUUGAAAAGACUCAUCCUGUUCUUCCAAUGGUGCUAUGUUUGAAUUAGAAGACUUUAUGUCGGGCUAUUUAUUUUUAAGAACACAGUCAUUUAUCUGUUUGUUUUUGUUAAAUUCAUUGCCAUCUCUAUGUUGGGUGAUACUUGUUUGAAAAGGAUGAAAUCAUGAAGUUAUUCUGUAUUCAAACAAUUCUUUUCGGGUAAAGGGACAUCUGAUUCCUAUAAUCUGUUCUAUGUCGUAGGCUUCUUUUGCCUGAUAAAAGGUGCUUUGAUUUUCUCUAUGUUAAAUACAUUUUUAUAUGAGUCAACUCUUUUUGCAAGACUUCUUUUACACAUUAAAGUUCUUUAGAAAAAAUGUCAA